UUUAUAGUCAGCAGCAGUUGCUCUCGCUCUCACCCAGCCCCUCUCUGGGGGCUCCUGCCCAGGAUAAAAGGGGCAGGAGGCGGCCCAAGCUCCCAUCUCAUCUCCCUGGCGCUCCACAUCUCUUGAUUCCUUCCUAGGUCCCACCUCCUCGGAAGAGCCCAACAGGACAACAUGCCUCCCAAGAAGCCUGAGCCUAAGAAGGAGGUGGCCAAGCCAGCCACAGCCCUGGCCCCAUCUCCUGCCCCACCUCCUGAGCCCCUCAAGGAACCUGCCUUUGACCCCAAGAGUGUAAAGAUAGACUUCACUGCUGACCAGAUUGAAGAGUUCAAAGAGGCCUUUUCGUUGUUUGACCGGACCCCAACCGGAGAGCUGAAGAUCGCCUAUGGGCAGUGUGGGGACGUGCUGCGAGCCCUGGGCCAGAACCCCACCAAUGCCGAGGUGCUGCGUGUCCUGGGCAAGCCCAAGCCGGAAGAGAUGAAUUCCAAGAUGCUGGACUUUGAGACCUUCCUGCCCAUCCUGCAGCACAUCUCCCGAAACAAGGAGCAGGGCACCUACGAGGACUUCGUGGAGGGGCUGCGCGUGUUCGACAAGGAGAGCAACGGCACGGUCAUGGGCGCUGAGCUUCGCCACGUCCUUGCCACCCUGGUGCCCACGUCUCCCACCCCAGGGGAGAGGAUGAGUGAGGCUGAAGUGGAGCAGCUGUUAGCAGGCCAGGAGGAUGCCAAUGGAUGCAUCAAUUAUGAAGCCUUUGUCAAGCACAUCAUGUCUGGGUGAAGCAGACCCCUCCAGGGUGCCUGGCUCGGGGCCUUAGUCCAGGUGAGUUACCAAGAGGCCCAGAGUGACUGAGCUGGAGCUGGAGUCCUGGACUUUCCACUGCAUGGCAGCCCUGGGGACUUCAAGGGCCCACAGUCCUCCCCAUAAAUAAACAGCUUCAGCAAGGCUGGGCCGAGGUCCCAACCAGCCUCUGAGUUGUUUUUUAAAGCCAA